GCAUCGGCCCACAUGCUGGAUCAUUAAAACCUAAAACACCAGAAUGCUUCAGACAUCAGAACCCGGUUCUCCUGGUUCUGCUGGAUCAGUUCUGAUCAUGUUUUAAUGGUUCUGCUGGUAGACUGACGGGUCCAGUAGAGAACCAGAACCAGAACCAGCUGAUCCAGUCCUGCUUCGGGAAGUUUCAGUUUCUGGAAGAAAAUCUGAAUGAAUAAAAACAUUAGCUGUAGUUUACUGUCUGCGCUCCUGUGAUCCGCCAUGUUUGUAGUCUUUAAUCAAAAGGACUACAAUUACAGUCAUUCUGUUCAUCAGAGCUUGGAAAUGAUCCGGAACUUUCUAUUGAAGUUCUUCUAGAGAGUAUUCAGAACUUUAUUGGACCUGGUUCUGGAACCUCCAUCUUCCAGCUUCUCACUCGCCCGGUCCGGUUCGGUCCGGUCCGGAGAAACUGUUAAAUGUUCUGAAACAUAAGGUUCUGAUGGCGCAGCGAGCCAGGCCGCCGGUCCAGAUGGCCGCAGUGAAAUCUCCAUAAAAGGUUCUGAAUGUAAUCUGGGCCAGAGGCUCUGACGGGUUCUGGUCCGGACGGGUUUAUGACGCCUGAUGAUCCAGACUGUUCUGACACCGGAACCCGACCGGAGACACUUUCCAUCUGGCUCCCACUUCCAAGCGGGCCGAACCGAGCCGGUCCGUAAACCUGUCCAGAACCAGAACUGACAGGAUGGAAUGUUUUUGUUUAAUGUCUGAGCUGCAGGGCCAAACCGGAACCAGAACCAGAACCAGACCUGCAGUCCCACUCUGCACGUCCGACCCGGUCGGGUUCGGGGGAAGUUCUGCUGAAAGAAGCAGCAGAUGUUUCUGAGCUGGAAGUCCAGCAGCGAGCAGGAAGGAAGUCCAUUGUUCUGGUUCUGCGUUCCGGGUCGGCAACCGAACCAGAAUAGAAACCCGAACCUCUGAGGACGUUCCAGGAGGAAGCCUGUCUGUUCCUCUGACCCAGCAGAGGUCGGAACCAUGAGCGAGCCGCCGAGCUGCCGCAGCUGCAGCGAGUCGCUGAGCGGACAGACGUUCAUCCGGGUGGCGGAGGAGCCGCUCUGCGUCCGCUGCUACCAGCGGCGCCACGCCAACACCUGCCAGGAGUGCAAGCAGCUGAUUGGAUACGACGAGAAGGAGCUGGUGCACCAGGACAGAUUCUUCCAUGAGAACUGCUUCAGGUGCUGCAGCUGCAACCGCUCUCUGGCUGCCGAGUCGUUCACCCAGCAGGGCGGCGCUCUGCUCUGCAGCUCCUGCUACUGCAGCAGCUUCUCCUCCCGAUGCGCUGCCUGCAGCCAGAGCGUCCAGCCAGGGUCCCGGAUGCUGGAGUACGAUGGCGCGGCGUGGCACGAGGACUGCUUCCUGUGCAGCGGCUGCAGGAAGCCGAUCGGAGCCGAGGCCUUCGUCCCGGACGCCGGGCGCUUCUACUGCCAGGCCUGCUACGAACAGCAGGUGGCGCCGCGCUGCAGCCACUGCAGGAAGGCGCUGACUAAAGGCGGGCUGACGUACCGGGGCGAGGUGUGGCACCGGGACUGCUUCCUGUGCUGCGGCUGCGGCUCUCCUCUGGCCGGGCAGACCUUCACCUCGCAGGGCGAGCGGCCGUUCUGCGUCAGAUGCUUCAGCAACCUGUACGCCAAGAAGUGCGCCGCGUGCAACGCGCCCAUCACAGGCUUCGGCGAUGGGAAGUACGUGUCGUUCGAGGAGCGCCAAUGGCACCAGCCGUGCUUCAAAUGCUCCCGCUGCUCCGUGUCGCUGGUCGGGUCCGGGUUCUUCCCCGACCGGGACCAGAUCCUCUGCGCCGACUGCAACAGCGACGACUGAACACCAGAACCGGUUCCAAACACCAGAACCGGUUCCGAACACUAGACUUAGUUCUGCUCACAGGAUCAUCACACUGCACAAAUCAUAAAAGGUUGAAAC